AUGAGUAAUAAUGAUAAGAAAAGAAUAUUUUUUGGUGGAAUUCAAUCAUCGAAUUUAAAAAAAGAUAAGAAAGAUGAUAAUCAACAACAAACAUCAACAUUUUUACCAUUUUCAAAGAUAACAAAAGAUUCACAACAGAAACAUCAACAGACUCUAGAUGAACAUGAAAAGAAGAAACGAUCGAAACUCAUUGUCUUGCCAACGAAUGAUAAUCUGAUAAAGUUGAAACUAAGAGAGUUGGGUGAACCUAUUAUAUUGUUUGGUGAGAAACCUGAGGAUAGACGUGCAAGACUGAAACAACUUUGUAUAGAACGUAAUAUAUUGGAUGCCAUCCCAGAGUCGGAGAAGGCAAAGAAACAAGCGGAACAAGAACAACAGGUCGAUGAGCAAGAGGCAUUCCUGACGGAGGGAACCGAAGAGUUGAAGCAUGCACGUAUGCAAAUGGCACUCUUCUCGCUAAAGUCAACGCAACAACGGUUGGAGAGAGCGAGACAAGCUAAACAACUCGAUGAUCCUAUCAUCGCUGAGAAUCUUCAGCAACUCGAUCCUAACCUCAUCAAACAGACACCGACAGAGGUGUUACUCGAGCAGACCGAAUCGAAUUUCAAACAAUUCUCACUGAAUCAAUCAGAGAUUGGCGAUGAACGUCAACUUUCAAGUGCGAUCUUUACUGAUGACGAUCGGUUUAUUGUAACGGGUGGUUGGAGUGGACUGGCAAAGCUGUGGAGUUGUGAAGAUUUCACUCUGAAACAAACAUUCACUGGACAUAAGGAGCGUGUUGUCGGUGUCGCUUCCACCAUUCAGAAACAACAAUCGGAUGAAUCGAACCAGGUGUUGGUCGCGACGGCUUCGGCUGAUAUGACGGCGAUGCUCUGGUCGUCACUGUCGCCAUCGCCACUCGCCAAGCUUGAGGGUCACACCGACUCUGUCAACAGAGUGGCAUUCCACCCGGAUUCGCGACACCUGGCGACCACCAGUAGCGAUCGGACCUGGCGACUCUGGGAUGUCGAGACUGCGCAAUGUCUGCUCGACCAAGAGGGUCACUCGGAGUCGCUGAUGGGCUUGGCGUUCCAGAAGGAUGGCGCGCUAGUUGCCACCGGUGGAAAAGACUGCUUGGUGCGGGUGUGGGAUCUUCGUUCGGGUCGACCACUCCACUACUUCAAGGGUCACACGAAACAGGUGAUCUCGAUCGAUUGGUCGCCGAACGGCUAUCAGUUUGCCAGUGCGAGUGAAGACAACUCAGUGAUGGUGUGGGACCUUCGAAAGAAAGAGCGUGCCUUCCAUAUUCUGGCGCACACCUCUAUUGUUUCUUGUGUACGAUAUCAAAAGAGCGGCGUAGGAUGUCUAGCGACAGCAUCAUUCGAUGGUUUAAUCAAGCUGUGGUCACCUCACCAGUGGAAACCAAUAACAAUCCUAGAAGGACAUUCUUCAAAGGUGACAUGUGUAGAUAUUUCAAAUGAUAACACUAAAAUUGUAUCAUCUUCAUUCGAUAAAACUUGGAAACUUUGGUCCAAAUAA